UUAAUGUUUUCCGUCGCUUCGAGAAGAGGACACUGAGAGCUUCUAGUUGAAGAAAACGUCACUCCCCGAGUCAGAUCAGCCAGCAGUACAGGUGGACGUGGUUCUCGUGGCAUGACUACUCCAAACAAGGGAAACAAGGCCCUAAAGGUGAAGCGGGAGCCAGGAGAGAAUGGCACCAGCCUGACCGACGACGAACUGGUGAGCAUGUCGGUGCGGGAGCUGAACCAGCAUCUACGGGGUCUGUCCAAGGAGGAGAUCCUGCAGCUGAAGCAGCGGCGGCGCACGCUAAAGAACCGGGGCUAUGCCGCCAGUUGCCGGGUGAAGCGCGUCACCCAGAAGGAGGAGCUGGAGAAGCAGAAGGCUCAGCUGCAGCAGGAAGUGGACAAGCUGGCCACGGAGAACGCCAGCAUGAAAGUGGAGCUGGACGCUCUGCGCUCAAAGUACGAGGCCCUGCAGAGCUUCGCCAGGACUGUGGCUCGCAAUCCCGUCACCUCGGCCCGCGGCCCUAUGGCCUCGGUCAUCGGCCCCUUCAUACCCGGUAAAGUGGCCGCCACCAGCGUCAUCACCAUCGUCAAAUCCAAAACAGAGGCUAGGUCGUAGUAGCGGGAUGACGCCUCCGAUAGUCAGUGCAUUGUAACAUACAGCAUUCCAGUCUUCAAAAUGGCAAUAUUGGCUUACUGUUCAAUUAGUGCAGUUAUUGAUUAGAGGGACAACCCGAGUCACUAUGUAUGUCUCACAGCUGGUACAAUCCUAAAUAAUAAAAGGCUGAUAAGAGACUAUUCCUCGCCCGAUUGAGCAAUAUCCUGACAAAGAAAGGAAAACCUUGCAAUUGUUAUUAUGCACUGACUCACAACUCUGCAGAUCUCUUUUUACAACAGCCCCAAAAUUCAUCUUUUGGUCUUUCAGGAAAAAUAGGCGCGACGCUUUUUUCCAAAUCUUAGCGUUCAUCUCUGCCCUGUGACAGCAUUUAACAAACUAGUCAUGACAGAUAUGACCGGUAGAUGCAAUAAUACGUGUAUGCACUGAAAAUACAAAGAGGUUAAGGAAAAAAAAAAGACAAAAAAAAAAGGAUCACUUGUUGCAGAUGGGAUGCAACCCUUGAAUGUUCUUACAGUUCAAUCUGCUCAUAAAGACAAUAUGUGGAGUUUAGUUUGAAAGAUGCAUUUUUUUUUUUAGGUAUUUACAUGUCGACAGGGCCAUACAAAAAAAAAACAUAUUUCACAAGCUUUACUGUUUUAAUCGUUAAGGUGUGGAAAUCUUUGUCUAAUGUUAACUUAUUGUUUUUUGUUACCGGGUAGAAUACCGUCUGUUUAUAGAAAUGUGGGAAAACUGUGUAGAGGAGAAAAAAUCUGUGACUUGUUUUUUAUUUUAUUUUGCAAUUGUACCGAAAGUGGCUUACUAUUGAAGUCUGAUAGCUUUUUUCUAGUGACUAUAGGCGCGUACUGUGAGGUAGCGCGUGACGUGACGUGUUAAGUGACAAGUUGGCAGUGUCGUUCACUGUAUAGAUGUCAAUGCUGUGCUAUUUUAAAACAAGUCUGUAGAAGCUAAACUUAGGUGGUGUAAACAAGGUCAACUGUCGUCGUGGCAUCUGUGAUAUCCUCCUCUUGCUUCUUCCGUGGUGUUAGUUUACAAAGCGACGUUGUCAUUCGGAUGGAAGAAAUGCUGCAUUUUAGUAAUAAUAGGAAUUUUUUCCCCACUUCUGAAAUUUAAAGUGAUGCCGCCGUUCAUUGCUGCUGAAUCAAAAAGCAUGUACCUCCAUUUUUUUCGGUUUUUGUAAGGAAACAGGAGUUCAGCACAUUCAGUCAGAGGUUCUCCCAACCUGUUACUGUUUUUUUUUUUUUUAAACAAUUGAAUUAAUAUGACGUUUCAUCAAAGUGUGUAAUCAAAUGUCCAAUCCGUAUUGGAGAUACAUGCUUUUUAAUGGACAGCAAUGUGUCCAUUUUAUAAUAGACUUAAUCAAAUAUUUAAGUCAAGGGUUGUAAUAGGAAAAAAAUGCAGAAAAUGUAUUUAAUUUAAUUGGACAUUUUCUGGACUUAUUUCAUGGGAAAUUUAGAUGGGGAUUUUUUUUUUAAUGCUAAAUAAGAGUUUGAUGGGAAUUAACCAAGUUAAUAGUAAAUGUCAAAAAUAUCUAUCAAUGAUUCUUUCACAGAAUAACUAAUAAUAUGAUACUGCAGAGUAGAAAUUGUACCAAGUUUCUAUCUUACAUUAUUUUAAACUUAUUAUUCUGAAAAAAAUGAAGUCCCCUCUUGUACUUUAGAUUUACCAGUCAAUUUGUAUUUUCGUUCAAUGGGAUGUGUAAAAAAAUAUUUUAAAUUUAUGAAUGGCUCUUUUCAUAGAACAACUAAAAUAGAACAUGGAAUAUUAAAAUAUGAAAUGAUAAUGUGACACUUUGUAUUUAAAAUGAUUUGAUAUUAUUGUAAAUUCAUUGAAGUCCCCUGUCUUCCUUCGCCACAUCGCCCUUCAAUUAUUGCAGUUUAUCCACAUUGUGGUUAUUUUGGGGAUAUUUAUUUAUUUUUUGAAAACAUAUUCCAUAAUUUUUUGGUCCUUGAUAAAGCAUUUUCAAGCAUAAACAUGACCAAAUAAGCUAAAGAUAUCAAUACUACAGUAGUAUAAGUUGCCAAGUGGGCUCUCAUAAUGUUGAAAACCAUAUUUAGAAAAUGUUAAAUAGGUUGUGUGAAGCUAUUUAUUGGCAAACAACAGUGUUUACUCUUUUUAAAUCAAAAUGACAAAAGAAAGUACCCAAAUGACCCUGAUCAAAAGUUUACAUACCCCAGUGACUUUGAUCUGAUAACAUGCACAAAAGUUGACACAAACAGGUUUGAAUGGCUAAUCAAGGUUCCAAUCCUCACCUGUGACCUGUUUGUUUGUAAGUAAUGUGUGUGUAUAAAAGGUCAGUGAGUUUCUGGGCUUCUGACAGACCAUUGCAUCUUUCAUCCAGUGCUGCACAGAUGUUUCUGGAUUCUGAGUCAUGGGGAAGGCAAAAUAAUUGUCAAAGGAUCUGCGAGAAAGGGUAAUUGAACUGCAUAAAACAGAAAAGGGGUAUAAUAAGAUAUCCAAGGAAUUGAGAAUGCCAAUCAGCAGUGUUCAAACGCUGAUUAAGAAGUAGAAAAUGAGGGAUUUAGGUAGACCAGCAAAUAUUUCAGCCACAAAAAUCCACAAAUAACUUCAGCUGAAAUACAGGAC